CAACGCAAAAGUCAGAGCACAUCUUAUCUAAAAACUAUAUAAAUAGGUGUCCAUCGACAGCCACCACUACCAUUGUGUAAGGAAUCUUGCCAAGAUGAAGACUAUUCUAUUCUUUACGCUGUUAAUGUGCAUUUACUUGUCCUUCACCUUGGCGAUACCAUACCCUGGUAAUGCUGAGGACCUGCAAGCAUCUGAGUCGAAUUGGGGAGGUGGUUGGGGCCGAGGAGGUGGCUACGGAGGUGGCUACGGAGGUGGCUGGGGAAGCGGAUGGAAUCAGGGUGGAGGUUGGGGUCACGGAGGUGGUUGGGGCUACGGUGGAGGACGCGGUUACGGCGGUCACGGAUGGGGAAGAUAAAACAAACGUCAACAUAUAACGGA